GAAAGCCCGCUUGUAUGGUGACAUGAUUACCGAAAUGCGGAUCAAUUUCAGCGGUGUAACUUGCAGUAACAUUGUCGGUUGAGUGAUUGGAGAUUUACAUUUCAUCACAGCCUACAAGUUCACUGCUUCCUGUUGUCAGCGAUGUUUACGAAUUCUGUUUUGUUCGUGGAGAAAAAGAAGCAAGCUUAGAUCGUGCAAAUCUGUCGUUCACUAGCUAUCGGCAGGGAGUAGCUAUUUUAACGAUACUCCGCUAUCCUCCGCAUGGUGCUGAUAGCUUGACAAGCUCUGGAAAAUAUCUUUAUUGUAAAAUGUGUGUGAUAUUGAAUUCAUUUCAGUGACAUUUUUGUAGAAGUGUGUUAUUCCGUGGCAUACAUACCAAAAUAGGUCGUUCAUCACUCGGAUUUAAAUAAUGAUGACGAUCCCUAAGUUGCUAUUAAAUUGAAUUGGAUUUAAUAUAAUGUCAUAACGAUGGAUUUAUCAUCAGCCCUUGUGCUGGUUUUUAUGAUUGCUCAAGAAAUCAACGCCAUUGAUGGAAGCUGGUCGACGUGGAGUCAAUGGAGUGAGUGUUCACGAUCAUGUGACGGUGGAUUAACCAAUCAGAGACGGCGUUGUUUGGGCGACAGGUUUCGAUGCAGGGGUCCAGAUGUGAAGUACAAGUUGUGUAAUGCACAGGCGUGUUCGUUUACCUUUCAAUCAUUGGAGGACCAAGUGUGUGAGAUGAAGAAUGGUGUACCAAUCAAUGGGAGAUACUAUCGCUGGGUACCACUCUCUCGACAACAGUACCACUGCUUUGUGAUGUGUGAGGAUGAACACCGAAACAUUCCGAAUGUACUGGAGGUGCACAUCUCGGAUGGAACGAGAUGUGGGCGAAGUACGAAUCAUUACUGCAUACAAGGGAAAUGUGAGAACAUCGGUUGUGAUGGCUUUAUUGGGUCUAGAGCGGAAGUUGACGAUUGCGGUGUAUGUAAGGGCGAUAAUUCUAGUUGUCAUCAACAUGCCGGAAAUAGACUGUCAGGAAAGCCGCCAGAUACUCCGUACCAAUGGGAUGUUCGGUGGGAACCUUGCUCGGCUACGUGUGGUACAGGGUACCAGAUUGCUUCGUUCGAUUGUAAGGACAUGCGAUAUGACGUCAUUACCUAUGACUUCUCGUGUACUAACCCGCGUCCUCACGAGAUCACGAGAGAAUGCAGGGCGAGGCCAUGUGAACCGGGGUGGCAAGUUAGCUCUUGGUCAGCCUGUUCCGUGCCAUGUGGAGGAGGCAAGAAGGACCGAAAAGUUAAAUGCAUGCUGGAUACCGGAAGAGGACGAACGACACCUUCACCGUCAUACCGAUGCCCUGAUCCAAUGCCAAUUUCGGAAACUCCUUGUAAUAUGCAAUUCUGUCCGGCAUAUUGGCAGACAGGGAGAUGGUCAGAGUGUUCCGUUUCCUGUGGAAUAGGCAGGGAAAGUCGACCUGUGUUCUGUGUCAAGAUUCCGAUGCAAGGGUCAAAGGUCAAUGUGUCCUCUAUGGAAUGCCGUGGCCCUAAACCAUCAGGUGUCCGGUCAUGUUCUAGACCGGAAUGCUACCAGAGUGUCUCCAGAGUUCCCGCCAUAACUCUACACAAUGACACCGUCUUACAGAUAAGGCGGACGAAGCGUAUCCAGCUCCGUGUGGGAGAGACUGCCACUUUAUUGGUAGGACAACCUGUAAAAAUGAUAUGCCCUGUGCAGAAUUUUAAUAAGAAACUUUUAUUCUGGACAAGAAAUAAUAGACUGAUUCCAAUGUCUAGAACAGAACGAGUGUUUGUAUCUAGGAACGGAGCUUUAAAGAUAAAGCGGACAGAUCCUACCUUGGAUACGGGUGAAUUCACAUGUAUAGCAGGGUUGCAGAGUGCAACAAUACGUUUACGUUUUUCUUCUAAAAAGAAAGCUAUGAAUCAAGGGAGGAAAUUAAUGAAAUCUGUAAUAAAAGACACUGCAUCAGUGUCAGCAUCCCUUGACCAGCCCCAGAGCGACAAGGUCCCGGGGCCUCGAGGACCGCACGCAGUACGGCGUGCUAUGAUGGACGCAAUGUUGGAUAGUCUUGGUGGCGACUUUGUCUUCACGACAGCAGAUUGGAACACUUGUUCCCGCAGUUGUGGGAAAGGCUUGCAGACCCGUAAGGUCACAUGUGUCAAGGCCACUAGCGUGUAUAUCAAGGUUGUCAAUAAGGAGGCUUGUAACGGAAUCCAAAGACCUCCGAGUGUCCGGCCGUGUGUCAUCCAAGAGCAGUGUCCAAAAUGGGUCGUCGGGGAAUGGAGAGAGUGUUCUGAAAAGCAUUGCAAGAGGACAGGUCGAGCCACACAGUCUCGAGAACUCCACUGUCAGAGUGACAACAACACGGUGAUACCACGUCGCCGGUGUUCACGCCUACAGAAGCCAGUGGUCAAGCAGGAGUGUGAGAACCCCUCAUGUGUAUCUGUCUGGAGGACGUCGGGCUGGACAAAGUGCAAUCCUCGUUGUGGUCCGAACGGAAGAAAAGUGCGCAUGCUCUCCUGUGUUUGGAAGGUUACCGGUAAAUCUGCCCAGACCAACUGUCACACAAUACCUAAACCUAUUGUGUGGAAGAAAUGUAAACCAAAGAAGUGUCGUAAAGUGGGAUGCAGUGACAACUCGCGGUACUGUAGUGUAGUCGGGAUGCUACAGAUGUGUACAUACCAGUCCUUCAUGACGAAAUGUUGUCAAACUUGUAGAAAUAUAAACAACUCUUAACACGUACCGGUAUGUCGUAUAACUAUUUAUUGCGAUUGAUAUGAUAAAACUAGAAUUCCAUUAAAAAAUCAUUUUGAAUUUUGAAUUGUUUAAACAAUGAUGUGACGUAUGGAAGGGAGACUUGAACGAUGUAUGAGUGGAUUCGAACAUUCUGGCUUGAUUGCAAGUAUUUUUAGGUGUACGAACGAAACUAAAUAAUAGAAUGUAUGACAAUGAAAAACUAUAUAGUCUAUGAUAGCUGAAUGUGAUUUAUAUAUUUGUUGUUAAAUCUUGUAAAAGAUUUAGUGUCGAUGAUUGAGGGAUGACGUUUUGCUGGAACAAAUGUAGAUAAGCUUCGGUUAUAUUUGCACAGACUACACACUAAAUACUGAUAUUAAAAUAUGAUAACCUAUUAAUAAGAGGAGAACUCUGUCUGAGGGCUUCACUUAAAUGUAAACACAAUUACCUAUGCAUAAGCGGAUAACCCUGUUUGAGGGCUUCACUAAAACAAAAUAAUUUAUGAAUAAGCGGAUAACCCUGUUUGAGGGCUUCACUAAAACAAAAUAAUCUAUGAAUAAGCGGAUAACCCUGUUUGAGGGCUUCACUAAAACAAAUUAAACUAAGAAUAAGCGGAUAACCCUGUUUGAGGGCUUCACUAAAACAAAAUAAACUAUGAAUAAGCGGAUAACCCUGGUUGAGGGCUUCACUUAAACGUAAUAACCUAGGAAUAUAGGGAUGUCUGAGGGCUUCGCUUACAUGUAAACAUAAUAACUUGUGAAUGAUUUGGGAGCUUCACUGUUAACCAUAAUAACCUAUAAAUAAGAAGAAAAACCAUAUCUGAGGGCUUGACUUAAAUGUUAAUACAAUAAACUAUACAUAAAUGAAGAACCAUGACUGAGAGCUUCACUUAAACAAAAUAACCUACGAAAAUUGGGAUGUCUGAAAGCUUCGAAUACAUGUAAACAUAAUAACUUAUGAAUGAUUUGGGGGUUCACUCUAAAACAUAAUAACCUAUAAACAAGAGUAGAACCCUCUCUGGGGCAUUCACCAUAAAAGAAAAACCUUCCUGAAAACGGUUCCCUAUAAUGGGGACCCUGUCUGAGGGCUAGACGCUUUUAAAAAUAACUUGAAUAAGCUUAAAGUUUCAAGAGAACCUUUUUCUUGAGUUUGUUUUCAAGCUAGGUGAAACACAGCAUUAUUGUUUCAUUUUCAUGAUGUACCUCUCUGGAAACAUCGCUUUUUCACUUUGACAAAACUGACUUGUUUUCAACCUGAUAUGUUCUUAGAGCUCAUGUUUGCAAUCAUUCGAAUAAAGAUUUUUAAUUUCCUAAUGAAGUAUUUCUAAACCGGUUUAUUUGUAAAUAAAUGAAUAUGAAACUAGGUGGUAGGACAAGUGUUAUCAUUAAUAUAGGAAAUGCCCUAGUAUUUGCCCUUGUAUUUUCUACAGUCUUUGUAUCCGAAAUUUUAACAUGUUAGUUGAAAACAACUGAAGUGACAGAAUAAAUGCUGCUGGUUAAAACGGCAAUAUCAUAUGAUGUGUACAGUCUGGAUAAUAGAGAUGUGUUCAAAUAUAGUGUGUAUACGGCGCGGUAUAAGCUGUAACUUCCUUUAAAGUGUUAUUGUCUAUACCCAACCUGCAUACUCUUGAGAAUCUGAAUAAAAUCAUACCUCCAGCUAUUUAAUCCCAACAGAGUCUAUUCCUAACGAAAAUGUUACCCUAAUUGUGUUCUGUUAAUCAAGAGUAUGUUUAUGAGUGCUAGAGAGUAUUUUUUAUUUAGAAUUCAUGUACUAAACUGUUUAUAUGUGUGUAAAGUUGAUGCUAGUCAAAAAUAUUUUAUACUUCAAAUACCUUUUUUUGUAUAUCAAAUAUUUAUAUUUGAUAGUGUUAUUGUAAGGAUUCAUACAACCUUAUUGAUCUAAAACAUAUUUCCACACUACUGAACUGCACUUGUGAAAACGGUAAAUCAAACUUGAUAAAUUGAUAACAGGUUUCAAAGAAAUGUGCUCAAGAAUUGAUGACACGUUUUAAUAGAACUCAACAAUUGAUGACACGUUUUAGAGUUACACAAAAAUUGAUGACACGUUUUUUAAUGUGCACAAGAAAUGAUGGCACGCUUUAGAAGUAACCAAGAAUACGCACAUGUAUUACAUUGAAAAUUGAGAAUAGCUAAAUAAUUAUUAUCAAUUCAGUAAGUGAGACAACAUUAAGAUAAGUCAGCGUUAUAGUGUGGAAGGUAGGAUCUAUCCUUAUUUAUUAGGUUGGUUACAUUUGCAUUCGUAUUCAUUGAUUUUUUACUGAAAAUAUUACCUUUAUAAUGCCAUGUACAAUCAAAAUCAGACCAAUGCAUUUUUCGUGCGUUAUAAAGAGUGUUCCAGAUUGUGUUGGUUCCCUCUCCUAACUAAGGAAGGUGAUCGGAAAUCAAAUGCGCAACAUUUUUUUUAACACACUAGUCGACAAACUCAAUAGGGGUAUAAUGUUAAAUGUUUUUAGGGAAGCCGUGAAGUCAUGAACACACGUCAAACACAAAAUGAUUCUUGGGUUAAAAAUCUCAAAUUUGUUCCUUUUCCAUACGUUGAUAAUACAACUGACUGAAGCACGUUUCAUAGAAAUGAUGAUAAGUGUAGUUCACUAAAGAUUCCUCAACAAAUACAGAACCUCAUUAAUGUUAGCAAGUCUCACCUAGACGUAUACCAUGGGCACUGAGCUGCAUCUAUCCCAAGUUGAUGAGGGUAAUCCCGUUCUCUCAUUGACACAUACAUUGUACUACCUCGUGUUUUACAGUUAUAUAGUUGAAAUACGCGAAGUUGACAUUUCCGGGUUAUUCAAAAGGAACUGUCGUUUAUGUAUUAUUCGUUUUCAUUUUCCAGGUGUUUCGCAUAGUUUACCAUUAAAACUACCAUUCAUAAAAGAUAAAUUGAAUCAAUCACCUCUGUGUGGUGUACGCAGAAAAAUAUUAACCCGAGGGAAUUUUUUUUUUUAAGUUGAACAAAUAACGAAUUCUAGGUUUCAGAAGUCUUUUUCAUUGGAUCUCUUCUCCAUUAUCCAGAAGCGUUAAAUUAUUUUCCUCUCUUACUUUUCUGUCGUACAUACAUAAAAAGUGUGGCAAAAUUGAUGACGUUUCCCAGGUAGCACUGCAUAAAGUGAUGACGCUACCCUGGAAAGACUGCAUAACGUGAUGACGAUACCCUGGAAAUACUGUAUAAAGUGAUGACGCUACCUUGGAAACACUGCAUAAAGUGAUGACGUUACCCUGGAAACACUGCAUAAAGUGAUGACGCUACCCUAGAAACACUGCAUAAAGUGAUGACGUUACCCUGGAAAUACUGUAUAAAGUGCUGUUUUGUAACAAAACAGAGAUAUCCCCAGUGAAAUACUGACGUGGUGUAAUUUGUGAUCAAGUUGUACAUUGUUUCUUUUGGUGCCGAUUCAGUAUCACACAAAAGGUAUACAUAUAUCUUCUCAAGAAAAUUUCACAAAAAGACUAGAACAAAACAAAAAGAUCUGUUUUAUAUUCACGUUCGAGUUUUUUUUAUAAACGUUUAUACAUUGUAUCAUAUUUCUAACUUUGAACAAGUUUGUACCAUGUGGAUUCAUUUAAACUUUAUAUAUGUGUGUAGUGUAAGAAUUUGUAUAGGUUUGUAAUAUGUGGAUUUCGUGUAAAAUUUAGUAUAAAUUUGUACUAUUUGAAUUACGUGUAAGAUUUGGGAUUAGUUUGUAAAAUGUGGAUUGUGAAACAUGUGGAGUACGAAUACAUACUUUUAUAUCAAUAACAGGUGAAAAUGUGUUUAUCAAUGCUUGAUGUGAUUAAACGAU